AUGGCCAAUAGUAAUAUCUCUAAUAAUGAUACCAAGUUGCAUAAUGGAAAUAGUAUACAUGUUAGUGGAAAUAAGUUAUUAUUAGAUCCUGGGAACCAUGGACCUGACCAUUUUAAAUCAAAGAUGUCACCUUUAAGAUUUCGUUUAAGACAAUAUUUAGCAAAAUAUGUUUCUUCACAAUCUAUAUACCUUUCCCAAUGGCAGAAAAACUAUAGGACACCGUUUAGAGAUCUAAUUUUUUUAUAUUCAUCUUCAUUAGGUUCCCACACUUUCUACGUGUUGUGUUUACCUUUACCAGCCUGGUUAGGUUAUUAUACUGAUACUAAAGAUUUAGUUUAUAUCAUUGGACUCUCAAUCUAUAUUUCGGGAUAUUUUAAAGAUUAUUUUUGCUUGCCUCGGCCACAUGCACCACCACUUAAAAGAAUAACUUUGAGCAAAAGUACGACAAAGGAAUAUGGGGCGCCAAGUUCACAUACAGCCAAUGCUACUGGGGUCUCAUUAUAUUUGUUAUGGACACUCUACAAUAUUACUAAUAUAUCUCUUACCUCUAGAAUUGUAUUUGCUGUCUUGAUUGUACUAUACUGUUUAAUCUUAACAUUAGGUCGGAUAUAUUGUGGUAUGCAUGGGCUAUUAGAUAUUUUUAGUGGUGCAAUAAUUGGUGCACUUUGUAUGAUUGGAAGAAUUCUUUGCAAAGAUUAUUUUUUUGCAAAUUAUAAUUUAGGAGAUAAUUGGUGGACACCAAUAUUUUCCUUGACAUUAUAUUUAUGGUUAUUAUUAUAUCACAUUAGACCUAUUGAUGAAUGUCCAUGUUUUGAUGAUUCAGUGGCGUUUAUUGGUGUGAUAUUUGGAUUAGAAGUGUCUGAUUGGUAUAUCCAAUAUUUUGGAUUGGGUUUAGUAUACAAUUUUACGAAGAGUACACUUAAGAUUUUGUUAGUUAGAUUAAUGAUAGGUUUCCCAUGCUUAGUUAUUUGGAAAUAUGUUUUAAGUAAAAAAAUUGUGUAUUUUCUGAUUGGGAAGGUUAUUGGUAUUCGAAAUGAUUUAGAAGAGAGAGAGCAUCUGAUACAAAAGCAUUUAAAGUCAGGAAAGAUGGAAUGUUUACCAUUCUGUGGAGUGUCUAGAUUUGACGUUAUAACGAGGUUUGUUAUAUAUGCUGGUAUUCCAUUUACAGUAAUGUUGUUUACUCCAAUACCAAUAUCAUACAUUGAGAGUAUUUUCAGAUGA